CGUGAAAUUCUGAAGGUUUUUUUUUUUAGCGCACUGCUUUCUCCUGCAGCUUUAGAGCCAUCACGCCGUGAAUGGUGCUGAUGUUCCCAGUGCAGUUGUAAAUUUCAUUCCACAGAUAAUACAGUUCAGGAUUCGCCGAAAGUCCCGAGAUGUUGGGCAUAAUUUCUUCUGUGCUGGUCUCGAAUAGCUCAAGAGCUCCAGUGAGAUCUAUGCAGACAUUCUCCAUGGCCAGAAUGGAAAACUGCAUGAAGUUGUCAUUCGAAAACCGACUUUUGAAGCUUCCCAUCUGCUUCGGUACGAUUCUCUGCUGUAUCUGAGAAACGUCUACAUUGCGCAUCGUCAGAAAGUAAGCCUCCUCUAUCGUCACAUGGCGCAAAGAUUGCAUCUCCCACAUGUGGUUAGGACGCGAGAUCCAUGAGACUUAGCUGAAGACUGGGAGCAGAAAUACGAGGAAGUGGGAUCGGACGCGAACGAAUUGUGUGAGGAAGUCGCGGAAGUAGCAUCCAGGGAGAUUUUAUACAUGCCGGGCUUCGUAGUAUUAAGAGUGUUGAAGUUGCGCUGAGUGAGAUGAGUCCGAAAUCGAGAAGUACCACAGCGAGAUAACAGAUCCUCGAGGUCCACAUCAGGCUCAGAUUUGCUGAAACCUCACCCAUCGACAAAGGUAAGCUCACCAUCUCACCUUCGGCCCAAUCCUUCGACCCUGCCUAUCAUCAGAGCUCUGCCAUCCGCUUAGUGUUGGUUUCGUGCACGGUUUGAGACGUUCUCGACACAGGCUCCUCUGGAUCGAUCCAAAGGCCUUCUCAGUGGCAACUUUCUUGCAGUCAGGGAGAGAUUUUGACGUCGUUGUCUUCAACAACAUCAAUUAGCAAGACUAAUCAUUCAAAUUUCGAACUGGCGACGGCCCUUGAGCGUUUUAUACCAUGGUUUUAGUACUCUCCGACUCCUUACAUGAACAACAUCUGAUGGGUCCAAGAAGAGCCUUGCGGAAAAGAUUCGUAUUCCUCUGAUGCCCAAGGUUACAGAUCAGAAUGAUGGUCUCGGACGCUUUGGCGGACGAUGCGACGUGUGGAUAGUAAGUGAAACUCCAGGAUCCGAAACUUUUUGAGAAAUGGUAAUGAAUCUCAGCAAGAACAUCUCAUCUCGUCAGAAGCUUAAUCAUCCGCAAGAUCUCCAAAGUGUACAACACGACUUCCUCGAUUGACG